AUGGCAUCUUUGGAGCAAUGGCGUGAAAAGUCGCAAAGCUACAAGUUCAAUGACCUCAGUUUCAACCUGUUGGAUGGAACAAUCGCAGUCACAUUGCAAAAUCUGCCGAGAUUGCGUUUUAUGUUUUUGUCCCACAACUCAAUAACUGGGGAAGUUCCAGAUUGGAUCUUGAGCAGUAAUCGUAAUUUUGAUCUAUCAUACAACAAUUUCACUCAUUCCAGUCAGGUUGGUUGCCAGUUCUCCACCAUCUCACUCGCAGGCCACUCGUUCUUCAUAAAUUGCGGUGAAGGAAGAACGAGAUUCGCGGGGAACAAAUAUGACGAGAAUCUUAGCAAUCUUGGCCCAUCACAUUUCGAGUGGAACGAUAGGUGGGCCUGUAGCAGCACGGGCCCAUAUACAAGGGAAGACAAUGCACCGUACAGACAAUCUCGGGAGGAGAGUAUUCGAUGUCGCCAUCCAAGGUUGUGUAGUUUGCCGGACUUUGAUAUCGCCAGGGAGGCUAAUGGUGUUAGGAGAGUGAUAUAUCGGGAAUUUGACGUUGAUGUAAAUGGGAGCACUUCAGAGAUCCAUUUGUACUUGACGGGACAGGGAAUAACGGCUAUACCCAUUAGAGGUAUAUAUGGGCCGUUGAUAUCCGCAAUAGCCGUGACACCAAAUUAUGAUGUCAGCACGGGCUCGGGAGGAACAUUAUUUGCCGGAGCUAUUACUGGGAUCGUGAUCUCGUCGUGUGUGGUUGUGUUUUUGGUUUUGUUUGUACUCUGA